UAACGCUCCAACUAUCAUUCUUGAGGCGGUCGCAUCGCAGGACCUGUGGAUUUGGCAUGCAUUUUUCGGCAUGCCUGGUUCGCUAAACGACAUCAAUGUCCUCCACCGAUCACAUCUCCUCGACGACUUAGCCGCCGGACAGGCACCGAAGGUUAAUUACACAAUCAAUGGUCACGACUACACAAUGGGUUACUACCUUGCUGACGGAAUUUACCCGGAAUGGGCCACGUUUGUGAAGCCCAUUCCGGCUCCUGUCGGCCGCAAGCGGCAACACUUUGUCGUGCAACAAGCGGCGGCCCGCAAGGACGUGGAGCGCGUCUUCGGAGUACUCCAGUCGCGGUUUCCUAUUGUUCGAGGGGCAACAUGGUUGUGGGACGAGGAAACCUUGUCCGCCAUCAUGACCGCAUGCAUAAUCAUGCACAACAUGAUUAUUGAAGACGAGCGCGAAGACGACGAUGUGGACUACGUGUACGAGGGAGCAGGUGAAGACGUGCAGGCUUCUCACGACGUGACGCCACCAUUGAUGGUCUUGAGCCAACGGUACAAUGCAAUUCGAUGCAAGCAGGCACAUGUUCAUCUCCGGGAAGACCUUGUCGAACACCUUUGGCAGUUACACGAGGCGACGUGUAGCGGCAUGGUACUAAUUGGAUGCUCUAUGUUUCUGCAUUCGCUACCUUGUGCAAUCGGUAUGGAGCUGCAUGUUUAG